AUGGAUCUCCGGGUUGGUGGAAAAUAUCGUCUCGGCAAGAAGAUCGGUUGUGGUUCAUUCGGUGAUAUCUACCUCGGAAUCAACAUCAUCUCCGGUGAGGAGGUUGCUAUCAAGCUCGAAAGCGUCAAAGCCAAGCAUCCUCAGCUCGAAUAUGAAGCCAAAGUCUAUAAAACCUUGGCCGGUGGCGUCGGAAUUCCGUUUGUGAGAUGGUUUGGUGUAGAGUGUGACUACAAUGCUAUGGUGAUCGAUUUGCUCGGUCCUAGCUUGGAAGACCUGUUCAACUUCUGCCAGCGCAAGUUUAGUCUCAAAACUACCUUGCUCCUCGCUGAUCAAUUGAUCUCUCGAAUCGAGUACGUUCACUCGCGCAACUUCAUCCAUCGGGACAUCAAGCCCGACAACUUCCUUAUGGGCAUUGCUAAGCGUGGAAACCAAGUCAACAUCAUUGACUUUGGCCUUGCCAAGAAGUACCGUGACCCCAAGACUCUGUUGCACAUCCCAUACAGAGAGAACAAGAACCUCACCGGAACUGCUCGUUACACUUCGAUCAACACUCAUCUCGGUGUCGAACAAUCUCGCCGUGAUGACAUGGAAUCUCUCGGCUAUCGGCGACUAGAAGCAAAAGUACGACGAUCAUGGGAGGAAGAUGACCCCUCCACCGAAUUCUCUGCAGGGUCCGAAGAGUUGCGAUCUACUCAACUACUCGCGCUCUUUGAGGUCGAUGACAGCCUGACUACGGCUAUCUUCGCAAGCUCUUCCGUGACCUGUUUGUUCGCGAGGGUUACUCGUACGACUACGUCUUUGAUUGGUCGCUCAAACCCGCAACGCAGACGACUCUUCAGUGCCCACCAGAGACAGAUGGCUGCGAAAGACAGAAGCUCCGCUGCUGCACCGGCUCCUAGUCCCGCGGCACCCUUGCGCAGGAAGGUUAUUCCUGAAGCAGCUCCCCUCCCCGCGAGCGGGCAUGACAGGAAGCUUCGCAGUCAGACCAAAACCGUCGAAGAACAGCGACAGGCUUUUUACGAUGAAUUUGCGCCCUGA